ACUUUCUUCUAGUUCCUCUUCCUCUACCGACCGAACGCCAGAGAAAAGAAAACACAGAGCAUAGCUUUACGACAAAAAAGCACUGCAAAAAAGUUAAGAAACAAAAAACAAAAAGUCAAAAAUACUUUUCUUUUCUGGUUCAGCUUUCUUCCCUCUCUCACUUACCCUUUUCAGCUCACUCUGCUCGUUCUCAUCUCUCCACACAAAACUCUUUCGGCUUCUCUUCACCGAAUAUCAAAACCUCAACAAAUGGCCGACGAACCUCCGCCCUCCGCCGCUCCUCCUCCACCACCCCCUCAAUCCUCCGUAGAAGAGCUGCCGGUAGCACCGCCACCGCCUCCGGAGCAAGCGCCAGCUGCGGAGGUUUCCGCCGAGGAUUCAUCCGCCGCACCGCCGACAGAGGAGGAGAAGAAAGCAGAAGUAGAAGCGGCGCCGGUGAAAGCCGAAGUGGUCGCGAAAUCGGUGGUAAUCAAAGAGGAGUUCACCGCCGAGCCGGAGAAGAAGGAGAAAUUGAAGGUUCCGGAGUCUCUGAUCUCGUUCAAGGAAGAGAGCAAUCGAGUCUCUGAUCUGUCUGAUUCGGAGAGGAAGGCGCUCGAUGAGUUCAAGCAGCUGGUCCAGGAAGCUCUGGACUCUCGCUCCUUCACCUCUCCUCCUCCUCCGCCGCCGCCAAAGGAGGAGAUUCGGACUUCCUCUUCCGCCGCUACCACCGCCGCCGCUACCGAAGCUCAGAAAUCUGAAGAUCAAAGCUCCGAUGUCAGCACAGAGAUUACUCCACCGGCCGCUGAAAAGCUAGAAGAAGAAGCUACUCCAGCAAAGGAAGAAGAGCCUGCGGCAGCUGCUGCUUCCUCUUCCUCGUCGGCUGAGGUGUCAAUUUGGGGGAUUCCGCUGCUGGAAGACGACAGAAGCGACGUCGUUCUGCUGAAGUUCUUGAGAGCUAGGGAUUUCAAAGUGAAGGAAGCGUUCACGAUGCUGAAGAACACGAUCCAGUGGAGGAAGGAAUUCAAAAUCGACGAGCUCGUGGAGGAAGAUCUCGGCGACGAUCUGGAAAAAGUCGUCUUUAUGCACGGCCACGACCGAGACUGCCACCCGGUGUGCUACAACGUGUUUGGCGAGUUCCAGAACAAGGAAUUGUAUCAGAAGACGUUCUCCGACGAGGAGAAGCGGACCAAGUUCUUGCGGUGGCGGAUUCAGUUCCUGGAGAAGAGCAUUCGGAAUCUGGAUUUCAGGCCGGGCGGUGUUGCCACGAUCUUUCAGGUGAAUGAUCUGAAGAAUUCGCCUGGGCCGGCGAAAAGGGAGCUCCGAUUGGCUACUAAGCAGGCUGUGCAGCUGUUGCAGGACAAUUACCCUGAGUUUGUAGCCAAGCAGGUGUUCAUCAAUGUACCUUGGUGGUAUCUUGCAUUCUAUACCAUGAUGAGCCCCUUCAUGACCCAGAGGACUAAGAGCAAGUUCGUGUUUGCCAGCACGGCGAAAUCUGCAGAAACACUUUUCAAAUACAUAUCUCCCGAGCAAGUCCCAAUCCAGUACGGUGGAUUGAGCGUGGAUGACUGCGAUUGCGACCCGGAAUUCACUUUUGCUGAUCCGGUCACCGACAUGAUCUUGAAGCCGGGGACCAAGCAGACGGUGGAGAUCCUAAUUUAUGAGAAAUGCAUGUUCAUCUGGGAGAUACGAGUGGUCGGGUGGGAAGUGAGCUACAGCGCCGAAUUCGUCCCCGAGACAAAAGAUGCAUACACAAUCAUAAUCCAGAAACCGACGAAGAUGACACCAACUAGCGAGCCGGUGCUGUCGAACCAGUUCAAAGUGAGCGAACUGGGGAAGAUGCUGCUUACGAUCGACAACCCAACCGCGAAGAAGAAGAGGCUUCUGUACAGGUUCAAGAUCAUUCCCUUGUCUGUCUAGCUUUCCAGACCAUCAGUGACUGUGUUGUAUUUUUACUUAAUUUUUACGGGUGUUCCAAAAUUUUGGAUGUCGGAAGAUGGAAGUGUCCUGGGUUUUGUUUUUGGCCUCUGUGGUUGUUGUUGCUUUGUUUUGGCUUGGCAUGUUGUAAAUUUGCUAUGAGAAGUGGAUUGUCUGAAACUCUAUUUAUUUUGCCUAAUGAUAAACUGUUUUUCAAUAAUGAAUAACCAUUGUGCUUACGAAAAAGGAAGAAUGAGAAUUGUUGGCGUGAG